UUUUUUUUGUGUGAACCAGCUAGCUUAACCUUCAUGGGUAUCAAGCAGUGUACGUUGUGUAAGUGAUCUGAUUGGUUGCACGGAUUGAGAGGAAAAAUACUUAACCCAGUUGCCCACCCACUUCUUAUAUUAAGCCAGGGUCACGACUGAAUUCUUCCACAUAUGCCAAGAACUUCUAGUGAUUGUCCGUAGCAGGUACAGUGAGUGCCGAAGUUAAUGGGAAGCACUGCCAGAAUGGAGAACAUCCAGCCGCGCUUUGAUUCAGUCCCGAUUAAGGAGUCGACAUCCAGGUGUUUCAUUGUCCGUGUUCUGCUCAUUAUGGGUCUGCUUCAGAUCGCAUCGAGCGUUGCGCUUCUCCUGUACUUCUCACACCAGAUUGCACAGGUAUCAUCGAAAGGUUCCUUGCAGAAUAAUGCACAAUGCUUGAAUGAAUCUCAAUGGAAAGCAAUACAAGAUUUGCUGGCAAAGAACAAACAAGAGAGUUUGCCUCCUGUUGCAGAUGCUCUUAUAGAUCCCCGAAAAAAAUUCAGAGUAGCUGAACAUCCAAACUGUAAAACAAAGAAGGAUCGAAAGCAUUCUGUGCUUCCUCCUGAGAAACCUUCAGCACACCUACCUAUACAAGCUGACAAAAACUUCAUUCAAAACACCACUGCACCAACCAUGAUAUACUGGGACUCAAGCAACGGCUUGGCACAUAUACAUAAUAUGAGCUAUUCGGAUGGAAAGAUCAAAGUCAACCAGGAAGGACUCUACUACGUGUAUGCCAAGACAUGUUUCAGACAUAAUCUGGAAGUAUCCGAGGAGCUCCGAGCUGUGGAGAACGGGAUUCAGUUACUGCAGUACGUUUACCAUACAAAACAUACGCGGCAACACGAAAAUCUGCUUCUCAUGAAGAGUGGGAGUGUCAAGCACUGGAACAGACACGUCAAAUUCAGAUUCUAUUGCAUACACCAAGGAGGGCUCUUCCCAUUAAAGUCUGGGGACGACCUGUUUGUUAAAGUGUCCUAUGCAUCAUUACUGGAUCCAACACAAGAGGCUAGCUAUUUAGGAGCUUUUAAACUGAGCAAUUUGGAAUAAGUUAUUUUAUACAGAACAUUGCAGUGUAAAAAAUCCUGCCUUAUGAACAUUCUUUUGAGAAUAACGAAGAACCAAGAAUAAUGACUUUGUUUUAUUUGUUACAAUUUUGACUUUUUGCCUUAAGUAUUUACUUUCACAAAAAAAAAGUGUUUGUCAUUUCUUUGGAUGAUGUAUUCUUUGGCUGGGGACCCUCUGUAAACAAGAUGCUGAUAGUAUAGGUCCCCAUCAUUUUUAUACUACAUACAUAACUCCUUGAGCACAAUGCACUGUCAAUCACAAUAUUUCUGUUUGCUAAUGGAACUAAAAGUGUAUGCCGGUUACACGUAUUUAUUUGAGUGUAGGACAGGUGGAAACAAGAUAAAAAGUGUGAAGGUCUGUGUAUUUAUAAAUUGUCAGUGUUUUGAAAGAGCGGCAGACUGAUCUUGCAGCUGAACUGAUUGUUUCCCAUUUAGAAUGUUUUAAGAUUUUUUUUUUCUAUGUUAUUUAUAUCACUUAAAGUAAUAAAAUAAAACAUACUUUUUUUAA